GAGGGCGGUGCGGAGGCUGGAGCGGGAGCGGGACCUGUGGCACCGGCGGCGGCGGCAGCAGCAGCAGCAGCACCCCGGGCGCCCCGCGCAGCGAUCCCCAUGUGGGCGGCCCGCACUCCCCAGUGAAGACUCCCCUGCGGCGGCGGCCCGGGUUCCGGGGCUCGGGGGCCUCCACCAUGGACCUCUCCGGGCUGAGCGCUUUCUGCCUGAUGCUGAUGCUGAUGCUGACGCUGGCCGGCGCGGCUGCUUCGGACCCGGACCCGAGCCUGGAGAUCUACAAGAAGCUGUUUGCGGUGAAACGCAAGGACCAGAUGAAGGCCCUGAAGAACCUCAUUGAGCUGAACGACAUCCACCAGCAGUACAAGAUCAUCGACGUCAUGCUCAAGGGCCUCUUCAAGGUGCUGGAGGACUCCCGGGCUGCCCUCCUGGCAGCUGACGUCUUCCCCGACGGGCCCUUCCCAGAGGACGAGAAGCUGAAGGACGCAUUUUCCCACGUGGUGGAGAACACUGCCUUCUUUGGCGACGUCGUGCUCCGCUUCCCCAAGAUCGUCCAUCACUACUUUGACCGGAAUUCCAACUGGAACCACCUCAUCCGCUGGGGCAUCAGCUUCUGCAACCAGACAGGCGUCUUCGACCAGGGCACCUACUCCCAGCUUCUGGGCCUGAUGGCUCAGGAGCUGGGAAUUGGUGAGAGAUCCCCAGACUAUAGGAACCCCUUUACAACAGACCACUCAGAGUCCUUCCAAGGUACCGACCCCUUCCAGAAGGCCCUGAAGGAAGAGGAGAGGCGCCGGAGGAAAGAGGAGAAACGGAAGGAGAUCCGGAAGGGCCCCCGAAUCUCUCGCUCCCAGUCAGAGUUAUAGCCCUUGGCUUGCUCCUGGGCCGGCAGGGCUGGGAUUCCAGAAGAGGAGGGAAUGGUGCAUUUGGAGACCGCCUCUUACUUCAGGUGGGUAGAGGACAUCCUGGCCUCCACCUGGGGACUCAGCCGUCCCACUGCUUCCCAAGGGUGCAGACAGUUGAGAAAGAGCACCUCAUCCUGAGGUGAAGACCAAGUGUCCUGGGGGAGUAAGGACCCCCCACCAGAAGGGGCCCAUGCUGCCCCUUUCAAGCCCAGGACCUUAAGAAGCCUGUUUUCUCCUCCAAGACUCGUGCUCUGCCAACCAAAUAAGUGUGUGGAGCAUCCUAGACCGAAAUGAUCCAGGCUGGGGCCUCAGCCUGGCAUCUCCUUGCCAAGAGAGGGCUCCUGCUGGGCCCCCCGGCACAUUCCUGCCUUGGCAAAUGAGUCACCUGCCCCCUUUGCAAAGACAAUAAAUUCAGCAAACUCUUUAGAUACAUCUCUGGCCCCUGCUGGUGGAUCAGGGAGGGGUGGGGAUGAUUCCAGGAAUCCUGGGGCAGAGGGGGAGUACCUGGUGAAGCUUUAGGAGGCAAAGAAAGAGGGAGGGCAUAAGCAGCCUGAAUCCCCAGGGCGGGCUCCUGGAGAGGCCUAGAGCUUCUGGGGGAUUUGUCUCCAUACCCCCAGCAGUUCACACACUGCCUGGCACACAGCAAAUGCUUAAUAAAUCCCCAUUCUACGAAAGAAGGAAGAGUGUAGGCAGCGGCUUUUCAGAUGAGAUAACAUGAUUUUAUCUGACAGAUGUCUUAUUAAGCCCCUACUGUGUGCAUGGUACCUAAGCUGCAAAGAUGGAAAACAACUGGCCCGCCCUUCAGGCAGCUUACUGUCUAGGGCAGGGGGGCUUGGCCUGAAGUUCAUAGACCGCUCCAGGGCCCAGGAAUAGAUUUCACAAGGCCUGGAACUUUUUUUUUUUUUUUUUGCAGGGGGUAAGGCAGGGCAAUUGGGGUUAAGUGACUUGCCCAAGGUCACAUAGCUAGUAAGUGUGUCAAGUGUCUGAGGUUGGAUUUGAACUCAGGUCCUCCUGACUCCAGGGCCGGUGCUGUACUCACUGCGCCACCUAGCUGCCCCAAGGCCUAGAACUUUGAUGAGAAAGAAAGUCCCUUUAUUUUUACUAAUCUCAUCUGAAAGUCAAUCCAUGAGCAUUUAUUAAGUACCUACUAUGUGCUAGGCAGAAAUGCUGGGGAUACAAAGAAAAGCCAAACAGCCUCUGCCCUCAACAGCUUCACAGUCUAACCUGGAUUUUCCUCCAAGUUUUUAAAAAUGGAGAAGGUCCGGCAGCAGUUGGUGUCCGGCAGCGGUUCUCGGCGUCCGGAAGACUGUUGAGGGAGCACACUGAGUCUAAACUGUUUUCAUAAUAAUGCUGAGAUGGUUUAAUCUAUUUUGGUGGGCCCACAUAACCCAGGGGAAAGACCAUCUAUCUGCUCCUUGGAGGGUGUUCCAUGAUCAGUCUGAGCCCCCUGAACCUUGCCUCCUCUGUAGAAUGAGGGGUUGGACUUCCAGACUUCUUGGAGCCCAAGUGCAUGUAGGGAGGGGGCCUUGCAGACUGGGAAGGGUCUCAGCUGGCCCAGAGGUUAGGAAGGUGAGGCGGCUUCUAGGGAUUUACCAGUGACCUUCGGCCUUAAAGAGCCUGUCUUCAAAUGUGUUGAGGCUGAGGGGCAGUGGCCCAGCUGGAGCUUGGGAGUCCAGAGUUUGGCCCAGCAAAGAUGGGUGCUGCUACUGGGGUGACCUUCUCUUGGCCUGUUUCCUCACCUGGAAAGAGGGAUUUUUACUGGGUUUAAGGUCUCCUCCAUCUCAAACUACGCUCCUUGUGGUCAAGGAUAUCUGGGUUUGAGGCCCAGCGCUGACACAAUUCACUUAAAGUCUGGGACUCAGUUUCCCUAUCUGUAAGUUGAAGGAGGUGGUACUAGAACCAGGUUCUAAUCCUUCUUGGGGUGUGGACCUCUCUAGCAGACAGUCUGGAGCCCUUCUCAGAAUCCAGUUUUUACAAAUAAAAAAAGUUUAAUUAC